GAAGUACAGAGCAAGUCCCACGCACAGUCCUGAAAAAAAUUUUAAUCUUCUUUUCUUAGAACUAUCUUGGUUGGCAUCAUCAGGCCCUGAGAGCACAGUGCAUGUCAGCAUCUAAGAUUCCACUUUUCAAAAUGAAGGACCUGAUACUGAUCCUAUGCCUCCUGGAAAUGAGUUUUGCAGUGCCGUUCUUUCCUCAGCAAACUGGAACACCGGGUAUGGCUAGUUUGAGCCUUGAGACAAUGAGACAGCUGGGAAGUCUGCAAGGAUUAAACACACUUUCUCAGUAUUCUAGAUUUGGCUUUGGGAAAUCAUUUAAUUCUUUGUGGAUGCACGGUCUCCUCCCACCACAUUCCUCUCCUCCAUGGAUGAGGCCAAGGGAACAUGAAACUCAACAGUAUGAAUAUUCUUUGCCUGUGCAUCCCCCACCUCUCCCAUCACAGCCAUCCUUGAAGCCUCAACAGCCAGGACUGAAACCUUUCCUCCAGGCCGCUGCUGCAACCGCCGACGAGGCCACAGCACAGAAAGAAGCACUUCAGCCUCCAAUUCACCUGGGACAGCUGCUCUUGCAGGAAGGAGAACUGCCUCUGGUUCAGCAGCAGGUGGCACCAUCAGAUAAGCCACCAAAGCCUGAGCUCCCAGGAGCAGAUGUUGCUGAUCCACAAGGUCCACCACUUUAUCCAGGAAUGUUUUACAUGCCUUUUGGAGCAAAUCAACUGAAUGCCCCUGCCAGACUUGGCAUCAUGAGUUCAGAAGAAAUGGCAGGCGGGAGAGGAGACCCAAUGGCCUAUGGAGCCAUAUUUCCAGGAUUUGGAGGCAUGAGGUCCAGCUUGGGGGGAAUGCCCCACAAGCCAGCUAUGGGCGGUGACUUCACUCUGGAAUUUGACUCCCCAGUGGCUGCGACCAAAGGCCCUGAGAAGGGAGAAGGAGGUGCACAAGGCUCCCCUAUGCCGGAGGCCAACCCAGACGAUCCAGAAAACCCAGCUUUCCUUGCAGAGCUAGAAUCUGUUGCCCAUGCAGGACUCCUUGCUCUCCCUAAGGAUGAUGUUCCCAGCCUGCCAAGGAGCCCUUCAGGGAAGAUGAAGGGACUCCCCAGCGUCACUCCAGCAGGUGCUGACCCACUGAUGACCCCUGAAUUAGCUGAUGUUUAUAGGACCUACGAUGCUGACAUGACCACAUCCGUGGAUUUCCAGGAUGAAGUAACCAUGGAUACCACAAUGGCCCCAAACUCUCUGCAAACAUCCAUGCCAGGAAACAGAGCCCAGGAGCCCGAGAUGAUGUAUGAUGCGUGGCAUUUCCAAGAGCCCUGA